AUGAAGCCAGCCAUGGAAACUGCAGCCGAGGAAAAUACUGAACAAAGCCAAGAGAGAAAAGUGAACAGCAGAGCUGAAAUGGAAAUUUGCAGGAAUCACUGGAUGUACUUAGGUUCAAAGAACCACCAAUACAGCCCCCUGCCGACUGAAGGCAAGAGGCUUAAUCCACUGAGCCACCCAGGCUGCUUUGAAUGCUGCAUCAAGUGUCUGGGAGGGGUCCCCUAUGCCUCUCUGGUGGCCACCAUCCUCUGCUUCUCUGGGGUCGCCCUGUUCUGUGGCUGUGGACACAUGGCCCUGGCGGGCACUGUGGCAAUCCUUGAGCAACACUUCUCCACCAGCACCAGUGACCACACCUUGUUCAGUGAAGUAAUACAACUGAUGCAGUAUGUCAUCUACGGGAUUGCAUCCUUCUUUUUCUUGUACGGAAUCAUUCUGUUGGCAGAAGGCUUCUAUACCACAAGUACAGUGAAGGAGCUGCAUGUUGAAUUUAAAACAAGUGCCUGUGGCCGAUGCAUUAGUGCAAUGUUCGUUUUCCUCACCUACGUGCUGGGAGUGGCCUGGCUGGGUGUGUUUGGUUUCUCCACCAUGCCCGUGUUUAUGUUCUACAACAUCUGGUCAACCUGUGAGGUCAUCAACUCACUGCAGACCAACGGCACAGCCGCUGUGGAGCAGAUCUGUGUGGACAUCCGACAAUAUGGUAUCAUCCCUUGGAAUGCUUUCCCAGGGAAAAUCUGUGGCUCCACCCUUGAGAACAUCUGCAACACCAGUGAGUUCUACAUGUCCUAUCUCCUGUACAUUGUGGCCUGCGCCGGAGCUGGUGCCACCGUCAUCGCCCUGAUCCACUUCCUCAUGAUACUGUCUUCUAACUGGGCUUACUUAAAGGAUGCAAGCAAAAUGCAGGCUUACCAGGAUAUCAAAGCAAAGGAAGAACAGGAACUGCAAGAUAUCCAGUCUCGGUUAAAAGAACAACUCAAUUCGUACACAUAA